UAGCAGAAACGUGGCUCUACAGCGCUGGCAUUUGACGAGGCCUCUUACACCAAGUACUGUUGUUUCUCUCUCGUGGCGGAAGCAGACCGGAAUCUUCUAGAGAGUUCUUGAAGCAUAUAAAAAGGAGUCGCUGUCACCCUUUCAGGCGCUAUUUCUCCUCCAAACACUCGCGGGCAAAGAAGGGUCUGGCUUGUGUAUUAAUUACGAAAGAGAUAUAUUAGUCUGCGAACGAAAAGAUAGUGUGUGAAGGCAUUGCGUGAUUAGUACUGUACUUUCCUGAGUUCGGAAAAAGUUUUAUUUCAAUAACAUUAGCGAUGUUAUAACAACAGUGAGGCGCAGAAAACCUCCCGAGACCAGUGCUUCUUCCCUUCUCCUUCCCUCGUAAAAAACAAUAAAGACUAGUGACCCCUGACCUCUGACCUAGCAAGAUGGUGAAGGAAACGACCUACUACGACCGGCUCGGAGUCACGCCCCACGCCUCGCAGGAAGAACUCAAGCGCUCGUACCGGAAGCUCGCGCUCAAGUACCACCCCGACAAGAACCCUCAAGGCGCCGAGAAGUUCAAGCAGAUUUCGCAGGCGUACGAGGUGCUCGCCGACCCCAAGAAGAGGAGGAUCUAUGACGAGGGCGGCGAGGAGGCGCUCAAGAGCCGUGGCGCGGCGGGAGACGGCUUCCGAAUCCGAUGGACAUGCUUCACAUGUUCUUCGCUCACGUACCAGCAACUCGGGCCCGGAAUGGUCGAGAUGCACACCAACUGCCCCACCUGCAAUGCAACAGGCAGAAUGAUUGCAACGAAGGACCGGUGCUCCGCGUGUGAGGGACUAAGGACUGUGCAAGAUACCAAGAUCGUCCCGGUGGACAUCGAGCGAGGCAUGCACCACGGCACGAAGAUCUUCCUGAGGGGCGAAGGAGACCAAGACGCAGGGCAGGAGGCGGGCGACGUGGUCAUCAUCCUGCAGGAGAAGUCACACGACGUUUUCAAGAGGAAGGGACUCGACUUGUACACGGAUAUGAAGAUCAGCCUGGUGGAGGCCCUGUGCGGGUUCCGGCGCACCCUGACCACCCUGGACGGACGCACGCUGGUGGUGACUCACCCUCAGGGGAAGGUGAUCGACCCUGACGACGAGAAGGUGAUUGUCGAAGAAGGAUUCCCUCUCUUUAGGAAUCCUUACGUCCGGGGCGGCCUUUAUAUCAAGUUCAAGGUGGAGUUCCCCGACACGGUAGACAACGACUUCAUCGCGGAGUUCGAGGCCCUGUUCCCCCGAGGACCCGCCGAGGAACUCACGGGGGAGGAGGAGACCGUGACGAUGACGCCGUACGUGGAGGAGAAGGGGCAGAGAGAACGCGAGAGGGACAUAUACCACGAGGACGAGAGAAUGGAGACAGACGACCAGCCGGCGGGUUGUAGACAGUCUUAGUUGUUAUUAUUUAUUUUUAUUUCUAGUCUUUCUUUAUUUGUUUAUUCAUUUUGUCGCUCUUGGGGAUCCGAAGCCGAGUCCAAAGGAGGCAGAGGGUUGGUUUUUCAUUUGGUUCGUCGGGGGAAGGGAGAGGGAGCGGAGAGGGUCUCCAACGUCCUUCUUGGCGGUUCUGUGGGUGCGGUUCCUGGUUCUUAGCGGCCUCUUUCUUUUUCCAUCGGUUCUAGGGAGGUCUUCGCGGUUCUAGAAGAGAGUAGGCUGCUCCUGGAUCGUUUCUGGGCGAGCUUUAUGGUGAUCCCAGGAAAGUAUUAUUCUUGCCUUUGGUAGCUUCGUCUUCCCUAACCUAACCUUACCCUCCUCCCUUCCCUUAACGUACAAAUAAGGAAGGGAACGUGUUUUUUUUACAUACAUUUUGAGGAAAAUAAGAAAAUAGAGAUAACAGCAACAAAAAUAUUUAAUUAGACAAAGAAAUGAAAGUACAGGAACGUAGAACAACCAGGUGGCGGGAAAGAAAUAAAAUAUCACAGUUACCCCGACAAGACCCGGAUAUAGAGUAGCCGUUGGAGCGGUUACAAUUCUGCAACAUUUGGAAUAAAAAUUUGAAUAAAAAAAAGCGGUUUGAUUA